CCUCUCACUCUCAGUCGAUUUCACCUAAUCGCCUGUCAGUGAAUGGAUGUUGUGUACAGCUUAGCCAGCUGGUAGCUUUCGGCAAUGUUGUUAUCAGGAUGAUAUCGCAGCGGGACCACCUCUUUGACAUUGGGGAUUUUGCUCGUUUUUAUACAGUCACGGACCCCACGAAACACCAGAAAGGCUACACAGUGUACAAAGUCACUGCGACGAUCAUUUCUCGGAAGAACCCUGAGGAUGUCCAAGAGAUAACAGUAUGGAAAAGGUACAGUGAUUUUCGCAAACUUCAUCACCACCUCUGGCAGCUGCACAAGAAUGUUUGUAGCCAGUCUGAACUGUUUCCUCCCUUUGCCAAGGCCAAAGUGUUUGGUCGUUUUGAUGACUCGGUGAUUGAAGAACGGAGGCAGUGCUCAGAGGAUCUGCUGCAGUUCUCUGCUAACAUACCCGCUCUGUACAGCAGUCAGCACAUCCAGGACUUCUUCAAGGGAGGGGAGGUCCACGACGGCUCAGAGCUCGUUGGACCGGUGGAGCCCUUCGUCGACUUCCUGGCUGACACUUUGUCCGACUGCAGCUCGGAUGUUCAAAGAGACGUCAGUGGUACAGAAGAUUUGACUACCACGUCGGAGUAUGGCGGCCUGUCCAGUGACCGCGACUUGACCUCCUCGGCUGUGGACACCGACUCUUUGGCUGAGCUAGAUGAUGGCAUGGCCUCGGGCCGCACCUCCCCGAACCAGCCACAGGGGGGAGGCGCCAGCAUUAGCAGCAGCAGCAGCAGUCCUCGCUUGCCCUCCCUGCACGAUCGCCGCACUCCAUCUCCUGCCCCUGCUUCCAGUUCCCCUGCCCCUAAGCCAGAGGUCAGCUGGCCCGGCCGAAGGUCGCUUUUCUCCAAGAAAUCUGGCAGCUCCAAGGAGAAAGUGAAGUCGGACUACCUCGACAAAGCCGGCGAGCUCAUUCGUGUGGCCGCACAGAAGGAGAAAGAUCAGGACUAUCAGGCAGCAUUUUCCUUCUACCGCAGUGGAGUGGACCUUCUGCUGCAAGGUGUUCAAGGAGAAGCUAGCCCCAAGCGGCGAGAGGCAGUGAAGAAGAAGACUGCUGAGUACCUGAUGCGUGCAGAGCAGAUUUCCUGCCAGCAUCUUCGCAGCAACAUGGGUCAAGGGUCAACACAGACCGUGAUGAUAGGCACGCAGUGUUGCGCUUCCAGCAGCAGAGGGAGCCAGCGCAGCCCCUCUGAGGAUCUCCGCGUUUACAGGGUGUUGGGUGUCAUCGAUAAGGUCCUUUUGGUCAUGGACAAGAGAACACAGGAGACGUUUGUCGUCAAAGGUUUAAGGAAAAGCAGUGAUUGUGCUAGAAUCAAGAAGACCAUCAUUCCCCGCUCCGUGCCCCACAUGGUGCAGCUCAUGAAGCUCAUCGACUCGGAGGACACCGUCUUCCUUUUACUGCAGCACGCCGAGGGUGGAAAACUGUGGUCCCACAUUGGAAAAUACCUGCGGAAUUCCAGUCUAGAUGAGAGCUUAGACAUUCCUUUCAUCCAGAAGAGCCACACAGCAGCUGUAUACUCCCCACAAUACCCCGUGCUGCACCUGGGCGUGGAUUCAGCAGCUAGUUGUGGCCCAGGGCCUGUCGCUGGUUCUGAUUCUGUUGCGGAGCUUCAAAAGGACACGAAGGAUGUUGCUGCAUCUCCUUGGAAAAGUAAGCUCUCUUCCAGGCUUAGCAAAAAAGCCUCUGAGGAGGAGUGCACCAACAGUUAUUUAACACUUUGCAACGAGUACGAGCAAGAGAAAGUAGAGCCCGAUGAGCUUGAGGAGGAGGAGGACAUGAAGAGUGAACAGGAGGUGUCAUUGGACGUACCCACCGGGACGGCCACCACUUCCUCGCGAAGCCGUUCGUUGCUCAGCAACGACAGCCUGUCCUCUCCCGUCAGCUGUCAGGAGUUUGGCUUUUUCACAGACUCGUCUGACAAAAACGGCCAGCGGCAUGACAGCAACGGACAGGACCUCGGUGAGGUCUUCAGCGCGCUGCCGUCCCCGGCCGGGCCGCUGCCUCUUGAUCAGUCCAAGCACACACCGAUGGAGUUUUUCCGUAUCGACAGCAAAGACAGCGCCAGUGAGGUGACCUGCCUUGACUGGGGGGAGCAGGCCUCCUCUCAUAAACAGCCCCGUCUCUUUUUCAUGUCUGACCUCGGCUCUGAGGUUGUGGAGGACCUUCCAGAGCUGGCUCAGGAGGUCAAGGGCCAUGGUGCACAUCUUUGGGGGUUAGAUUAUAGCGAUAAAGGUUCCACUGAGUCAGUGCCUGUCAUUUCUUUUAAAGAGGCGGUAGUAGAGGAUGAGGGUCACCCGCCAGACCUUUUGGUCAAUCUUCCCGGAAUGAGUGGGGCCGUAGCGGACUCUCAACAGGAGGAAUUAGAAACACCUAUGCUGUGUCUGGACCUUGAUGCCACAACCUCCCCUCAAAGGUCGAUCCAGCCCGAUGUUUUACAGCGCCCCAGCCAGCCGGAGGAAGAGGAGGAGCAGCGACCUUCAUCCUUGUGUGCGACUGAUGCAUCUUCGUCUGCCUUGACCUCCCUUUGGGAUGACUACAGCUCCACUUUUGGACAAAAAGACACAGAGACAAUGGCGGUUGAACCUUCAUGCCUCAAUAAUGACCCCUUGGUAGAUGCAGACUCACUCAGUGUAAAAUGUCCAACAGCCCCAACUGAAUCUCAGGCCUGUGCUACACUAGACGUCGAUGUUGAAUCAUCAACAAUUAGUCCAAACAGAGUUAGUGAAGGAUUCGAUAAAGAAGUAUCGCGGCUGUUUGCUGAGCUGGACCAGUUGUCACUGGCUGUAUCCCAGGCUCGCAUCCCGGAGGCGUUCGUCCGAUGCUGGGCUGUAGAGAUGGUGACAGCGCUGGAUUCUCUGCACCAAGUGGGGAUCAUCUGUAGAGACCUAAACCCCAACAACAUCCUGCUAGAUCACCAAGGUCAUGUUCAGCUUACUUACUUCUGCAGCUGGAGUGAUGUGGAGGAGUCCUGCGACAAAGAGGCCUGCACCAAUAUGUACGCCGCACCAGAGGUGGGAGGCAUCAGUGAGGAGACGGCUGCGUGCGAUUGGUGGAGUUUGGGCGCCAUCCUGUAUGAGCUUCUGACAGGCACGUCGCUGCUCCAGUGCCACCCAGCAGGAAUCGGCCACCACACGGCUCUCAGCAUCCCUGAAUCGGUGUCGGAGGAGGCCAGAUCAUUACUGGAACAGUUGCUGCAGUACAACCCCACAGAAAGGCUGGGCGCAGGAGUGGCCGGUGUGGACGACAUCAAAUCGCACCCCUUCUUUGCCAAAGUGGACUGGCCCAAGUAGACGCUGCUCCCAGAGAUGCAUGCUGGGAAAGCUGGCUGUCACAGUCAUGUAACCAGGUAGAAACUGAGGGAAUCCACUUUUUGCCAAACUGCAGUGGUACACCUUGACCUUGUAAAUGUUCCUCAGAGGGUUUGCUGUGUCACUUCGUUGGUGCAGGGAGCACUUAUUAUGUAUAGUGCAAUCAUUUCUACAGUAAAUGCUUGACUGGUGAUCCACUCCAUCCUUGUUAGUUUUAUACUCCUCAUAGAGUUGCUAUAAGCAGCAAUGAUACAAGAUGAAGAGGCCACGUGGGACGACAUGUCCAGUAUGCAUCAUUUAGUCCUGAAACACUAUCAUUUCUUAAGAGGUUGGCUGGAGACUCUGCCAGCUGCAUCCAGAGAGAUUAAACAACUAGACAGGAUGAUGCCCUACUCUAAAUGCCCACUGCUGUUUACUGCCCACUAUCAGGGGUUCACUAUGCAAAAUGAAAUGUGAGAUCAAGCAAUGUGGGGUGAAUAUACACUCCUAAUCAAAAUUUUAAGACCAGAAGAAUGUACAUUUUGCACUGUUGAAUCUUAAGGAUGUUCUAAGUAGGGCUUCAAAAUGCAUGAGCAAUGAGUAAGCAAUUUAUUGCAAACAAGCAUUAAAAUGAAUCAGGCUGUUCAUCAGCUGAACAAAAGUUUAAGACCACAGCCUUUAAAAGCCAACAUCUUGGCAAAAAUGCAAAAAUGUCAUUUUCUGUCAGGUAUUCACACUGUCAUGAUCUCUCGAUGGCAAAAGCAAAAAAGCUUUCUGUCUUUGAAUGCGGUCAGAUUGUUGAGCUGCAUAAGCAAGGCCUCUUGCAGCGCGCCAUUGCUGCUGAGGUUGGACGCAGUAAGACAGUCAUUGGAAACGUCUUCAAAGAUCCUGAGCGUUGUGGAACAAAAAAAUCAAGUGGUAGACCUAAAAAAAAAUUCAAAAAUUAUCCGAUUGGCUGUCCGUCAAGACACGGGACGAUCACCGACCCAAAUAAAGGUUGUUGCUGGUGCCGAGUGCAGCGCAAUAACCAUCAGACAGCAUCUGCGAUAGAAGAUUUUUCAGAACCAUAAACGUCUUCUAUCAACACCACAAAAUUGCCCGUUUGGAAUUUGCACAAGAGCACCAAACAUGGGACAUUGACAGGUGGAAGAAAGUUUUAUUCUCUGAUGAGAAAACAUGUAACCUUCCAACGUUACUGGCAUGACAAGGAGAUCCCACCUGAGAUGCAGUGGAGUGGGCCACAUCAUGAUCUGGGGUGCUUUUUCCUUCAACGGAACAAUGGAGCUUCAGGUUGUGCAGGGGUGUCAAAUGGCAGCUGGCUAUGUGUAGAUGUUGCAGGGGGCAUCCCUCAUGACUGAAGGCCCUCGUCUGUGUUGUAAUGGCUGAGUUUUUCAACAGGACAACGCUGCAGUUCACAAUGUACACCGGACGAAGGACUUCUUCCAGAGGAAUAAGCUCACUCUCUUGGACCGUCCUACGUGUUCCCCUGAUCUAAAUUCAAUAGUGAAUAUUUGGGGAUGGGUGACAAGGGAAGUUUACAAAAAUGGACAUCAGUUCCAGACGGUGGAAGGAUGCCUUCCAAGAAGCCAUCUUCCAUUUUUUAAGGUGAUUAAUAAGAAUGGCACAGCUACUCAUUACUGAGUCUUUUUUUGAACAUUUUAAUUCUAUUUUAGGGGGAUUUCGGGGGGGUUUGAACUAUGAUCUUAAACUUAAACUCACUACCAUUUCUUAUCUUUGCAUUUUGAAGCUCUACUGAGAACCUCCUUAAGAUGCAACAGUGCAAAAUGUAAAUUCUUGCAAUUGUACAGCUGGUCUUAAAAUUUUGAACAGGAGUUUAUGAUGAUAAUGUCCAGAAACUUACAACAAAUGAUGCCAUGUUUUUGGAAACCAGCUCUGUUUUUUUUAUUACUAUAAGAAACUGUACUUUUUGUGAUGUAAAUAUCCCUUUAAACAUGCAACAUCCAUUAACAAACACUCUUAAUGACUGAACUUUAUAGUGAACAUUCCAGUGACGGUGUCAUGUGCAGAUGCACUUUAUUACAUGUUUACCUACAACACUUACUUCUUCCUAUAGCAGUACGAACAAUAAACGAACACACCUGAUGGACGUGUCAAGUAUCACUUCCUUUUUAGCCGCAUGCUGAGUGAAUGCGAGCGACCAAGGUGUACCGGCAAGGAGUCCCUGUCAGUGUCACUGUGACAGUAACGUGAGCUGGCGCCAUGGCAACCAUGCACACUGAAUUCUCAUGCAUGCACAGAUGCAAACUGGGAGGGGGUCAUUUUGGGUGUCACUCCAUGGUAGGUUGUUCAGAACUCAUUUGCUUCAAUUAAUAAUAUAAUAUAAAUCUGUUUAUUCUUUAUCUCUGCUGCUCCUCAUUCAACAUGUACGAAAAGGAGUGCACUGGAAAAAAAGACAAAAAGUUUUUUUGUCACAGUAAAUGUUCCUUUAGUUAUAAAUGUAAACCAUGUGAGAAAACCGUGGUUCAUGUAUUUAUUUUAAAAGUCUUUGUAAUAUUAAUGUUUACUUAGUAUUUGGUAGUAAAUUUUGUAUAUUGUUUUGUUAUGUACAUAUGAAUAAUGAUACUUUAGUAACAUUUACUUAAGUAGGAUCAGUAGGAGCACAUUUUGAGAAUACCAAUUAAAAUCUACUACAAAGUUCAUAUGGUGACAUAUGAGUGCCCACCAGGCAUGGCUGCUGGGCACUCAUGGCUGCCGUUGGCCAUGGGUGAAAGUUAAAAUAGCUGCUGUUUGUUAUUUUAAACACAUAUCGGUACUUGUCUUGCAUAUUUACUAGCUUUCCUUUGAGUGUUAAGUUGCUGUGUGAUGAUUUUAGCGUUCUUUGUAUGAUGACACUGUGUAUAGUUUACACCGAGAAUGGCCCUCGCAAUGUUUACUUAGAUUGUCUAUGUUGAAAAAGUUAAUGAUCUUUUUUUUUAAGUAAAUGUUACUCCAGAUUUUUUUCAGUGUAGGAAGAAGCCAGUCUUUUUUAAUUCUACCCCAUCUCCAGAGAUUAAAGCCAGAUGAAUAUUAUAUAUUUCUACAUUUUUUUUGUCUGCUUCUUAUAGUGCAGGGUAAAAAUACACAACCACAUGGAAAGGGGUCAUUGUAUUAUACCUAGUAAAAGACCUUCAUUAGCAUAAAAUGACUUAAUUUGCCCUUAUUACUUGCUGCUGAACUAAGAAGUGUUGGGGAAAAAGGCCACCAUUUGUGCUUUGCAACAUCCUUACCUGAGCAUUGAUUAAUACAUGCUGGAAAAUAAGGUAAUCAUAAUAUUAAGAAUAAGAAUUGUCUGUGUAAAGACAACACUUUUGUCAUGAGAUGAGUUAGCGGCUUUAUGGUGCUGAUUGUAUUCUAAAUAUCUUGGGAGUCUACAAAUGCAUGUAGUAGACUCGAUGAACUGAACAUGAACCCUCUCUCCCUGCCUUGUUCCCGUCACCUGAAAUGACACACAGUCACACACACAGACACACACUCACACACACAGACACACACACAGGUCAGGGAAGUUGUUAAGCGGUGCCGGGUUGCCUUCCCUUGUGUCCACCUCAUUGGCACCAGGGUCAAGAGUCUGUGCUGAUUAGUCUCGUCAUAAGACCCUGUCUCUCAUUACACUCGCUCUCAGGGUGAGAGGUUCACUUCGGUGCUGAGGAGAAGGCUGUCAAUCUUACGUGAGACGUGUCUCUGGUGUGCUCACACUAGCAGUGUGUUUGAUGCUGUGUGUUAGGCUUCAGAAGCUACAGGUCACGACUUUAGGUCCACCUGCUCAAUCUAAUAAUGACAAUACAAGAAUUCUGCCUUUACAUGGAUAGCACCACUCAUUUUGAUUGACACUGAGCCGUGUCUAAUGUUUUGAUUUAUUUGGUUGGUUGUGAUUUAUUUCGCUUAGAGGGGGAAAGCUGUUCAAAUCUUUAGCAGCUUUUGCUCUGGGAUGCUCCUUUUUUUCUUUAAACCUGCCUUCAAAAAAGCAGAUAGUUCAUUGGAGGUGUGGUGUUUAUUCAGUUUGAUGAUGAUUAGUUGGAGCAAAGCAUGUAUGAGAACUUAUCUAUUUUCGGUGUGUUUCGGUGUGACCUGCUCUCCCAGUUCAACACAUUUUAUUUCAUCAUGAAGUCUUUUGAUGAGCAUGUGCAAGUGCGAUAAUGUACCACUAUUUGGUGUUGAUAACAAUUAUCUAUUGAGUAAAGGACACAUUAAGCCAGGGGUGUCCAAACUUUUUCCAGAGUGAAAAAUCAAAAGAUGCAAGAGCCACUUUGAUAUUUAGUAUGCUAAGAAGUUAUAAAUAUUUCAAGAAAAAACUGCAUCGCGGCUUUGUGAUACAGGUGAAAAAGCACAUUAGUACGAACUUCGGUGUUUGGUAUUUUUUCUCCAUUUUUGCUAUUUUAUUUUUGAAUUUUCCAAGUAUUUAAACUUGUAGUUAUGACUCAUAAUUAUGAUGUUAUUCCCAUAUUUUGACUUUAUUCCCGUAAUAUUAUCACUUUCCCCAAACAAAUGUUUGAAGCGUCACCUUAUUGACAUCACUUCAUACGGCAAGAAAAAAGGAGCCAAGGUAACGCCACCAGCGGCCGCCAGCGUGGGCAGUGCAAAGGUGCUGAAACCCAAGAAGCCCGCUGAAAGUUACUCACCAUUGACGAGUCGCCAAGUCACAUCACGACAUGCUGCCAAGGAAAAAGGAGCCAAGCUUAUGAAUUUCAAAUCCUCUCUCAAAUGUGGUGCGAAUUUUGAAACUUUUUCAUUGCGGCUGGUUCUGCUUGGUUCGUGCUUAGUGUGACGGGGGCUUGGGAGCGUAUGAAUUGCUCUAUCACGAUAAAAGUAAAGAUAGUUACAGUCGCCCACUGGCAAAAUGAGGCAUUUAUUUGAGUGUGGCGUUUAUUUAUUCAAUUUGACGUUAUCUACCUCGAAAUGUAACACUUUAAGAUCGUCAGGUAUGAUUUUUCUUCCCAUGAAUUUAAGUGUAAGGGUGCUGCUAUUGUGUUGAUAAUUGUCUCUUAAGUAGAGGACAUGCUGAGCCAAGGUGCAUGUGUUAUUUGUGCAAGUGUUUUUGCCGCAGGGAAGGGUCCGUCUGCUCAGAGGCAAGAUUAAGAGGACACGCCAAGGACUCCCACCCCACACGGGCUUCUCAUUGUCAGCCCUGAAAGUGUCACCCCGGGCCCCGCAGGCCGAGUUGACCCCUGACCCCCCCUUCUCUAACUUCCUGGAUCACUCUCCUCCCGUUCUCUCCCUGUUGUCUUUUCCCACCCGGGUCUCUCUUGCAGUCUCACACACACACAUACUUUUCCACAUAGGCAGCAGCCAAAUGGCCUGCCCUCUGUUUCAUAUUGCUUGUGGUCAAGUUUUGUUUUUGUCUUUGACGCUUUGACUUUAGCACACAAAGCCCAGGAGGACUCCUGUAGCCCAGGGAGGGACACACACACGCACACGCACACGCACACACACACACACACUUGCGCCAAGCUGAAAAGUUCCGCUUGGAGACCCCGGGCAUCUUCUCCAGCUUCUGUCAGAGCCAUGAUGUCAUUAUGAAGAGACACAAUGCCUCUUCAUUAUCCCCCCUACACACACACACACCCAACCUUGCUACACUACACACACACACACACCCUACACAGCAGCAUGAACAGGUACAGGUGAACAGUAUAAAAGGACUACAGUACUACUCUGCUUUCUGUCCUAUU